GGCGCUAUUCUAAUCCAGGGUCCAUCCGCAGCAUGCAGGCGGUAUGCAGCAAGUUUUCCCGCUUUUUUGCAAGAGUAUCGGACAUCGGCGGCACGAUAAAAAAAUGUCGGCAGAUACCAGGCGGUUCGAAAAGGAGGAUCAUGCCGCUGUCUACGUCCUAGCUCGGCCGGAUUGGCCCAAAGAUAUCAUCGAGAAAAGCAUAGCCUUUCUCCGUGAAAAGAAAUCCAAGCCUUUCUUGCUUGCGGUGGAUGUCGGAUGUGGAUCAGGCCAGAAUACGCGGCCUUUGGCUCCGCACUUUGAAAAGGUCAUCGGUAUAGAUGUGAGUGAGGCGCAGAUAAAAGCUGCGCAAUCCGUAGAAACUCCAUCAAAUGUGGAAUUUAGAAUUGGCAGUGGAGAGAGUAUCCCUGUCCCCGAUGGCUCUGCUGACAUGAUCACGGUUGCGGAGGCAGUGCACUGGUUUGAUAUCGAUGCGUUCUUUCGCGAGGUGGAUCGAGUCCUGAAGCCUUGUGGCUGUGUGGCGAUCUACUCCUACUACAAUACGCAUCCCUUGGUGGAAGGUGACGAUAACAAGAACCAACUCCUGAAGGAUGUUGUUUUGAAGUUUGAUAGCUUUUUAGAACCGUACGCCAGCGACCGUAUUCGACAUGUCCGAAACAUGUUAGCAGAUAUCCACAUCCCAUAUGAAGAAACAAUCAGGGAUGACACUCUUCAAAUUAAGCACGACACAACACUGGCGUCAUUCAUGAACUUCUUCCGAUCUUGGUCCAGUUAUCGACAUUAUCGUGUGAAGAACCCUACCGGCCCUGACCCAGUCUUAGCCAUGCAGGAUCGGUUUAUGGAGAUUUUAGGUUUAGCCGAUUGUCCACUCGAAAAUGCGCAGAUUUCCACCAGCUGUCCAGUUGUCUUACUGCUCGGAAGAAAACCAGAAAACCAGCCUGGUCAUUAAACGUCGGAUCCGCCAGGCAAACUUGGCAAUAGGAGCCCUGGAGUUUCAGGGAGGCAUGGAGUCCAUGUAGGCUCAAGUUGGAAAGCCGGCUUCAUUCAAGCAUACACUCGUUUCAGGCCGGCAUAGUCCAGAGUUAAUUUCACCGAACCAAAUAAUUGUUACUAAAAAGGGCAUGGGCACAUUUGCAGUAAUACCAAGAAUUCCACCGACCGAUUUAAUGAGUACAUCUUUACUCAAAGUGAAGAUAGGACAGAUACCAAAUACCCUGUGAAAUCCGCCUCAAAUGGUAUCAUUUGGAAGAAAAUGAAUCAUUGAAGUGCCCGCAGGCACUGGUUUUAUGUUUACGUGCUUUAGCAACAAAAGCAUCUGCAAAAGAGUCAAGAAAAGUCAAGAAGAAUCCAUCUGCCAUCUUGGGAAAUCCGCUGUCUAAGUUAAGGGGGAUUUUCAAAAGCCUGGACGAUGUUUUCUUGGCAUAAUGUCCUCUUUCCCAAGUAGCAUUACACGCAAGUUCUCACAAGUCAAAUACUAAAAUACUGCAUCUUUCCCAAGUUCAGUCCCAUUCAAAUGUAUGUGACAAAGGUGUUAAAGGGAAUGUACAACAUUUGCUCUUACUGCAAUUUUAGUAAAUGGAUUUGGAAGAUUAGAAUGUUAUAGCAAAUA